UAGUUUUUCACCCUGGUGAGAAAGAGGGUGGACAGUGGGAAGAGGAGGGAGAGGACUGUGACCAGGAGAACUCCAAAGAACACAGACACAACAGUCUUCUAUCACAACGCAGAAUCAAAUGGGGACUGAAGAUCUGAGGAGAAACUGAAGGUUUUCCGCCAUGCAUCGUUUAUGGAGGUAUAGAGGAACGUUUGGAAAAGUAAUGGAUCUACUUAGGUGUCUGUGUGCAGGUAGAAACCUAGAAGAGGGAAGACGAGACAAAUACUGGAUAUAGCUGUAAUUCAACCAUAAACAAAAACCUGGACAUGUACUGUGGUUCCUACAGUGGACACUGAUAGAGGAAAGGGGAGUGAUUUUUUUCUUUCUUUCUUGUAUUAAAAGUAAUUCCCCCUACGGAGACUUUCCCUGGAAAUGUCAGCAACUGAAGUCUUGCUCAAGCACACCUCGGUACUGCAGGAGCUGGCUAUCAGAGACUUUGAACAGUUUUUCAAGUUGAAAGGCAGUGUCCUGACUCACUGUGCCACUCUGCUGCUCCCAAAUGACCCUUGUCAGAUCCACUUCAGCCCUGAAGCACAACAGAGAAAUCCCUGUGCUCUGUAACUGAGAAUAUCUCUCACGUCUGAAGGUUCUUGAUGGCUUAAAUCUUGGCUGGAGGCUUUUUCACUGUCGAUUUUGGUAAUAUGGUAUCAUGGCUGUUUGGAGGACCUUAUUUUUGGGGAUAAGUGCAAGCCACCGGCAGCUCUGCAGUCAUUGAAGCUGCUGGCCAUGUCACUGGUCUACUUACAGCUUCUCUGUGGAUUAAUAUAGUUGUUCUCAUCAUCCCUGCUCUGCCACCUGUUGCCCGUUUAUGUUAUUUCUUGGAUUUAGCUCAGGUUAAUAUCAAAUAUUCAUGAGGAGUCCUGACAAGCAACGUUUGCUUUUCACGUGGAUUGUGUUAAAAAAUGACAGUCUUUUCAAUCAGCCAUCUUGUUUUUACAGACUUAAAAAUCGUAUCCAAUUUAAUCCAGGAGCCAACCGCCAUAUAGCUCUGUGUAAACUGGCUCUUAAAGAUUUAGGCCUGACCUCUGACUCAUGAUCUGUGAACCUGCAAUGAACUGCACUCCUAAUGCCACCAUCACUCCACAGCUGGGAGGGUCCCAGGAGACUAGCGGUGCUGGAGGUGGUGGUGGAGGCAGCGGGGGCCUUUGGGUGACAUCCCUGCUCGGUGCCACACUGUUGAUCAUGUGCGCCAUGGGUUUGGCAGGCAACACAUACACGCUCAUCAUCACACGUUCAGCCGCUUUGCGCCGAACAGGUUCCAUGUACGUGUACAUCAUCAAUUUGGCUCUGGCUGACCUGCUCUACCUCUCCACCAUCCCCUUCGUGGUCUGCACCUACUUCGCCCAUGACUGGCUGUUUGGUGAGGCUGGCUGUCGCAUCCUGCUGAGUCUCGACCUCCUCACCAUGCAUUCCAGUGUCUUCAUUUUGGUUGCAAUGAGCCUGGAACGCUACCGUGCCGUGGCAAGGCCCUUCAGCGCACACAGGUCCUCGUCCCGCAAACGAAGGCUAGUGGCAGGGAUUAUUUGGGGUUUAGCUUUUGUGCUUACGCUUCCCAUGAUGGUGAUGAUCCGACUCAGGGAGGGCAAACCAACUGCGGCUGGUUUGGUUAAGAGAAUCUGCUUCCCUACCUGGACCCCUGAUGCCUUCAAGGCUUAUAUCACUGUCCUGUUUCUUACAAGUGUUCUAGUUCCUGGAUUGGUAAUCGUUGGGCUGUAUGUGGGGCUGGCCAGGCGCUACUGGGCAGCACAGGCUAGCUUAGGAGGUAGCAGCCGGUCUGCCCGGAGGAGAGGACUCAAACAAAAAGUCGUAUCAAUGAUCUUUAGCAUUGUGGUGGCCUACUGGGCUUGCUUCUUGCCUUUCUGGGGAUGGCAGCUGGCCAAACUGUUUUCUCCGGAGUCCCUCAAAGCUUUGUCUCCAGCUGCUCACAAUUAUGUGAAUUUCUUUGUCACAUGUCUAACCUAUGGGAACAGCUGUAUCAAUCCAUUUCUUUAUACUCUUCUGACCCGCAACUAUAAAGAUUACUUGGCCCAGAAAGGUCAGUCUGUGGGUUCAAGCAGGACUGACCCCGGGUCAGCUGUGACCACACCACUGCAGGACCUGUAGUGGAUGACUAAACAAUUACUGAGCAUGGACACUGGAGCGGGAAAAUGUUAUUGACCCAUCAUCAGCCUGAGAGAGGACAGUUUUGUUCAAGUGAUUUUGUACAAAAUGCUUUUAAUCUAAACUUUGUACAAACUUUGCAAAAUGCUGUGUGUGAUGCUACAUAUGUCCUGCUCUGUUGAGAAGGGUAACCAGAGCUGUUGAGGAUUUGGAGAAAUUCAGCACAGCAGGUGGAUGUUUGCUUACAUGAAUGUCUGACUGCAAGUCUCCUGGUUGCAUAAAUGACACAGUAUUUCAGUUUGUAAUAUACAUGUACAAAUUCUGCCUUUUAAACAAUCUCUGAUUCUGCCUUCUUUACAUUAAUGAUAUCACUCUAAAAAUACAUUUUAUAUGAUCUUCAAGCUGACAUUUAGGUUCAAAUGUGAGUUAUUUUACAAAAGUUAAAAAUACAAAAUGAGAGUUUUCAGACAUUUAGGAAUGAAUACUGAUCACAAAAAUGUAUCACAGAAAACAUACUUUGCAAUUGCUGAAUAAAAGAAACACACACACACAAACUCACACACGUACAGUAAAGGAUUUUUCAUCUCCUUACAGGGAAUGUGGUUGCAUCGUGCCACAUUCCUCAGCCUCGGGCCACGGCUUCUUUGAGUCCUCCUGCAAAUUGUCUCCGUAAGCAUGUGUUUCAUCUCACCUCUGUCGUAUAUUGUCCCUCCUUUUGCAUUAUCGUGUUUCAUCCUCUUUUAUCUGCUCUGUCCUUACAUUCCAGUCGAUAUAUUGGCCAAAUUCACACUGCAAGCCUUCGUGACAAAUUCUUACUUGCGGCUCAGUUCCAAUUUUUCACUCUUUUUUCUUCCUUUGUUUGUUCACAUUGUUCAGUGUGGCUAAUAUUUAAAACCCUUUUGAGCAGACUUGCAUUUAAAAGUUAACAGUGUCACAGACACUCAGACUUAUGCAGAGUACAAUAAUAAAACAUGUAUUCAUCAUCUCUGGUAAUCAUGCAGCUCUUAUCUGGUGUUAACUGUUCUAAGUAUCUUAAAUGUAUGGUGACAUCAAUUUCUAGAUGCUUUUAAACAUGCUCUUUCAUUAAAUGUUUUGCUGAACCAA